GAUGUCCUAUUCUAGAGCCGUUUGAAGCACGUUACAUUUGACAACUUUGCCCAUUAUCCCGGUUUCGUUAGCGCAACUCCUUUCUUGCGGCCUGCACGGCCCAGCUCUCUGCCAAAAUGGUGGAUGCUAUGCGCGCUAUGCUGGACGAGUUGAUGGGAAAAGAGCGAAACGUGCCUUUGGGACAGCGCUCCAAUCGCAAGAUUCGCUUCGAUGACCCAAGCGUCUGCAAAUAUGCUCUGGCUGGCUUGUGCCCCAAUGGGCUGUUUAAGAACACCAGAAGUGACUUAGGCCCAUGUCCAUACGAGCUCCACGAGGACCAUAUAGGAUGGGAGGAGCUGAAGGCCGAAUAUGAUAAGCAGGACCCUCGGGAGCAUGAGCGGUACGAGCGACGGCUUAUGAAGGUGCUGGAGGACCUUAUUCGUGAAAUGGACCGGAAAAUUGCCAAAGCCAAGGAGCGCGCAGAAGCGGAAAGCACAGCACGCCCUCUUAAGCCGGACGACGCUGCGCGCCUGGCGGAGAUGCAGGCAAAGGCUAAAGAGCUGCUGCACAAAAGCCAGGAGGCCGGCGAGGCUGGCGACGUUGACGUGUCCAUGGCGCUAGCACAGCAGGCGCAGGAGAUGCAGGCGCAGCACGAUCGCCUGCACAAAGGCCUCACCGCCCCAGAGCGCACCAUGAGCGUCUGCGACAUCUGCGGCGUUUUCAUCAACAGUACGGACAAUGACCAGCGGCGGCAGGAGCACUUGACGGGCAAGCAGUACCUGGGCUGGAAGGCCAUUCGGGAGAAGUACGCGGAGCUGCAGAACAAGUGGGAGCGCUCGCGGUCACGAGAGCCGGAGCCCUUUGCGCGGGAGCGCAGCGGGCCGCCCCAGGGGCCAGACGACCGUGGCCGGGAGCGGGAGCGGUCGCCCGUCAGGCGAGAGCACGACAGCCGUGGCCGGACCUCCUACGACGAGCGAGGGGGCUACGAGGGCCGGGACCGCGGUGCCUACUACGACGACAGGCGGCGCGAUGACCGGGGGCACGACAGCCGGGGGCGCAGCUACGAGGACAGCCGGGGACGGGGUUAUGACGACGGGCGCAGCCGGGGUUACGAGGAGGGCCGGAGCCGGGGCUAUGAUGACGGGCGCAGCCGGGGGUAUGACGGCCGCGGUUACGACGAGGGGCGGGGCCGGGGCUACGAGGAGCGGCGCGAGUACGACAAGCGUGGCGACGACGGAUACAGGUCAGGGUCAUAUGGCAGCGGCGGUAGCCACCGUGACCGGCCACGCGACAGCUAUUACGAGGUAAGUCGAGAGCCAACGCAUCGUAUGAGGUACGCAGAGUGCAUGUGCCCUCGGCAGGCUUUUUGCAUGUCCUGGCACCUCGGUGGCAUGCAUUGGCGCGGAAUCGAUUAACUCCACAGCUUGUAAACCUUUGCAACCCUGCCGCGCGGGCGAGGGGCUCAUGACCUGGCAUGAGAAACGCUGAGGUGCGUGCGGUGCCGUGGUAAGAGGCACCGGAAAGCUUAGGUCUGUAGCACGCGCGCCGCGUUGCUGAAUGCGACCGCAAAUGCAAACAAGUUAUUUUUUGUUCACAUAGCUUGCAGCAGCUUGCCUCACUUGAGGUGUCAGUCAUGCACUCAGCGCUGGUGGAGGCAGACGGCAAGUGAAGCGGCAAGUAUGACGAAGGGACAUGCGUACACGUGUAGUCCCGUGCCUUCCUAACCGGAACUGCGUUGUGCGCCUGGCGAGGCAUGGGGCAUGCAGUUGCCAGACAACGUUCUGUACCCUAACAAUCCACAGACGAAAACUGAACAUCUUGCGCAAUCCCGUAACCUCCCAUUGCAGGAGCGGCGGCGCUACUAGAGGCUGUGGAGGUGAGGCAAGUAGGAGGCGCUGGCCUGCACGUGUGUAAAGCACAGAAUGGCGGGUUGCCUGCUUUAGCGGGUUUGUUGCCACCUCACAAAGUGUAUCACCACAGCAGCUGGGGCUACCCGUACAGGCAAUGGCUGUUGCGGUUUAGGAAGGGCUCGACCCUUCCAGAUGGCAGGAUAGGGUAGAUACUGGGGCUUAUGGGGGUGUAUUUAAUGCUCGGCAAGGUAGAGACUGGACAACUGUCCGAAAUGAAGUUGCAGUCAACAUACGUGAAGGGGCGACUAGCGUUUGCUUUGGUUGGUGUACCCCUUGAAGCAUUGAGAGGAGUGCUUGCAGGGAUGCAUGGGAGGUAUGUGGGAAGAAGUUCGGAUCAUCGGGGCCCCAGGGCCGCCCCGUUGAGUGGUUGCGGUUGGUAGAUGAGGUUGGUUGUGCCCCUGUGAAUGGACAAGAACGGAGACGAGAUGGUGAUGCCCGAGUUGGCGUCGCACUUGGAUUCCAUCCGAUUUAACGCGCUGGCUACGAAA